AUGGAUCGCCAAUCCGUUUUUGCCAGCAGGGUGUACAAUGAUCCAUUUGCCGAAAAUGAAGACUCCAACAGUGCCAUCCGCGCCCUUCUCGAGGCCUUUAUUCUCGACUUCAGACUCGAUAAUGUCUACAUUUACAGAGAUCAAUUGCGCGACCAUGCGCUGCUGAAAACAUACUUUUGCGAUGUCAACAUCGGCGACCUGAUCAAGUUCAACGAAGAGAUUGCCCACAAACUGGUGACGGAGCCAGCAGAAAUCAUCCCCCUCUUCGAGCUCGCCCUGCAGCGGUGUACCCAUCGAAUUGUUUUCCCUCACGACUCAAAUGUCAAGAUCCCGCCUCACCAACUCCUCCUUCACUCGAAUGCCGAAGAUAUUUCCAUCCGUAACCUGGACUCCCUCACCAUCUCGAGGCUGGUCAGAGUACCAGGUAUCGUCAUUGGUGCUUCGGUCAUGUCCUCAAAGGCGACAGAAGUCCACAUCGAAUGCCGAACAUGCAAGCACGCACAAGAUCUUCACGUAUCCGGCGGUUUCAGCGGCGUCACUCUCCCCCGAACAUGCGGCCGCGCUCGCGUCCCAAAUGACCCAACCGAGAAGUGUCCCAUGGACCCCUACUUUGUCGUUCACGAAAAGUCCAAAUUCGUCGACCAGCAAAUCAUCAAACUCCAGGAGGCACCCGACCAAGUCCCGGUCGGUGAACUCCCCCGCCAUGUCUUGAUCUCUGCCGACCGCUACCUCACCAACCGUGUCGUCCCCGGAUCCAGAUGCACAGUAAUGGGCAUCUUCUCCAUCUACCAAUCCAAAGGCUCCAAAAACACCUCUGGCGCCGUGGCCAUCCGCACCCCUUACCUCCGCGCAGUGGGCAUCCAGACCGACAUCGACUCAACCGCCAAGGGCCAGGCCGUAUUUUCCGAAGAGGAGGAGCAAGAGUUUCUUGAACUCUCCCGCCGCCCAGAUCUGUACAAUGUCAUGACUGAUUGCAUCGCUCCCUCCAUCUACGGCAACCGCGAUAUCAAAAAGGCUAUUUUGUGCCUCCUGAUGGGCGGCAGCAAGAAGAUUCUGCCAGAUGGCAUGAAGCUCCGUGGUGACAUCAACGUCCUCAUGCUCGGCGACCCCGGUACAGCCAAGUCGCAGCUCCUGAAAUUCGUCCAGCAAGCCGCCCCCAUCGCGAUUUACACCUCGGGCAAGGGCUCUUCGGCAGCAGGUUUAACCGCUUCCGUCCAGCGUGAUCAGUCAACGAGGGAAUUCUACCUCGAAGGCGGAGCCAUGGUCCUGGCCGACGGCGGUGUGGUGUGCAUCGACGAGUUCGACAAGAUGAGAGACGAAGACAGAGUAGCCAUCCACGAAGCCAUGGAGCAACAGACUAUUUCCAUUGCCAAGGCCGGCAUCACCACCAUUCUCAACGCCAGGACGUCGGUGUUGGCGGCGGCGAACCCUAUUUUUGGGCGGUAUGAUGAUAUGAAGACCCCUGGUGAGAAUAUUGACUUUCAGACGACGAUUCUGUCGAGGUUUGACAUGAUUUUCAUCGUCAAGGAUGAGCACGAACGGGGCAAGGACGAAAGAAUAGCCAAGCAUGUAAUGGGCAUUCACAUGGGCGGGAGGGGGAUGCAGGAUGAGAGGGCGGUGGAGAGCGAGAUUCCUGUUGAGAAGAUGAGGAGGUAUAUCAGCUACUGCAAGAGCCGCUGCGCCCCCCGCCUCUCGGACGCGGCAGCAGAGAAGCUUUCGUCCCACUUUGUCGCCAUCCGCAAGCAAGUCCACGCCUCGGAACUCGAAGCCAACGCCCGGUCCUCCAUCCCCAUCACCGUCCGCCAGCUCGAGGCCAUCGUCCGCAUCACCGAGUCCCUCGCCAAGCUCUCCCUCUCCCCCGUCGCGACAGAAGAGCACGUUGACGAGGCGAUCAGGCUGUUCCUCUGCUCGACCAUGGACGCGGUCAACCAGGGUUCUAACCAAGGAUCCCGGGAGCUCAACGAGGAGGUCGCCCGUGUGGAGUCGGAGCUGAAGAGGAGAUUGGCGAUUGGGUGGAGCACUAGUCUGGCGAGCUUGAGGAGGGAGAUGGUGGAGAAUAAGGGGUAUAGCGAGGCGGCGCUGAAUAGGGCGUUGAUGAUGAUGCAGAGGAGGGAUACGAUUAUGUUUAGGAACCAGGGGGCGAUGGUGUAUAGGAACGGGGCUUAA